UGCCCGGUUGCCCGCUAGCAGCUCGGUAGCCCACCCGCAGCCACUGGCACGGGACAGAUUCGGAUAAGGUGCGCUCGGGAGUGCAUGUGUGUGUUAUGUGCGUGUCGGCGUGCGUCGGUGGGGAAGAAGGGACUGCUGGGAGUGGAAGUGGUGUUGCAGCCGCCGGCCGGCCGCAGGCCAAGAUUUUGUAGCAGCAGCCGUAGGACCACGUCAGGGAUUCCAUUCCGUUCUGUCUCGUGCCAACUCAAGUGCUUUUAUGGUUUUUUAAUGAUCUACCUAGCAAGGAUUCUUCCGGGUGGCCAGAUUUUUAUGACAACUCUUCGCCGUCAUUUACUAUCACUGCCAAAGUUUUAUGGACUCAUGUAGCAUUAUAAGGACAUGUUUUGAACAUUCACUGCCAGUUACUGCCAGAUAGCACUGCCAAUUCGAAACCUGAUCACUGCCACUGACUCACUGAUCGGAGAUAUUUAUUACUAUUUUACGUAAAUCAAUGUGUUCUUCCUAUUUGCCUUAAGUAGCAUUAGUGUUAAAAAAUAAUAUAGGAGUGGACUAAAGACAUAUUGAAAGUUGCUCAACCGAGAAGUGUUCGUGGAGCUUCCUGACAGCCAGCUCUUUAAACUCGUGGCGCCAGCAGGGCCGUCAAAGCCUUCCGACAAGUUCUUUACGUCGACCCAGGCUUCUCCCGCGCCAAUGAAGUCCACCUCCGUUUGGGGUUGAUGUUCAAAGUGAACAAUGACUGGGAAUCUGCCUUAAAACAUUUACAGUUAGCUCUGAUAGACGCCAGCCCUUGUACAUUCUCCAAGUUAGAAAUUCGUUUUCAUAUUGCACAUUUGUAUGAAGUUCAAGGAAAGUACAAAAGUGCUAAAGAAAACUACGAGCAGCUGCUUCGCGAAAAAGAUUUACCAACUCACUUGAAAGCUGACAUAUGCAGACAAUUAGGUUGGAUGUAUCAUUGUGUUGACUCCCUGGGAGAUAAGAAUCACCGUGAAAGUUUAGCUAUACACUGCCUACAGAAGUCAAUUGAAGCUGAUCCUAAAUCUGGACAAUCCCUCUAUCUUCUGGGACGCUGUUUUGCUAGCAUUGGGAAAGUACAUGAUGCAUUUAUUGCAUACCGUAAUUCUGUUGAAAAAUCUGAAGGCAAUGCAGACACCUGGUGUUCAAUAGGUGUCCUUUACCAGCAGCAAAAUCAGCCUAUGGAUGCCUUACAGGCAUACAUCUGUGCAGUCCAGCUUGAUAAAAGCCACACAGCAGCAUGGACUAACCUUGGUAUUUUGUAUGAAAGCUGUAACCAGCCCAGUGAUGCAUUUGCUUGUUAUGUGAAUGCAACAAGAGGUUCUGGUGGAAAUACUGGGAGCCCAAUAAGUCCAAACAAUACAUCUAGUACCAUUAAUAAUAACUUAGCAUCACUAACAACGUCACCAAGCAGAGCUCCAGGGGGUAUGAAUCCCAACCUGAGCCAAAGAAUAAAGUUCCUGCAGAGUCACUUAGCAAGCGCACCAAUGCCUAGCAUUACCAGCAAACGUCGGCAACUGCCAUCAAUAGAGGAGGCAUGGAACCUCCCCAUAUCUGCAGAAAUGUCAUCACGACAACAGCAACAACAGCAGCAACAGAACCAAGCUGUUGCGCAGCAGAGGGGGCCAGGGACACCAUUCCAGAAGGGAUACACACAGCCAGGACCACAACCUCAGUACAAUGGUAUAAAUGGCCAUCACCAAGUCUCUCCCCAGGGUCCUCCUCCACCCUAUCCAGUGCAAACAAAUGCUACUGGGACGAAGAGAUUCAAGAGUGGGGGAGAUGUAGUUGAAAAUAGCCCUCCUGGUGCAAGAGUGGCACCAGCAACCAACCAACAGAGAGCAGUGCCACCACCAACAUUUAUGAACCAACAGCAGCUACACAUGCUCCAGUAUUUGCAACAGAACAUAGCGAACCUUAACCCACAACAACAGGGUAUGCUGCAGCAGUUGCAACACCAGUAUCGAUUAAUGCAACAGCAUCAGCUGAAGCUACAACAGCAGCAGCAGCAACAGCAACAGCAACAACAACAACAACAACAACAACAACAGCAGCAACAACAGCAGCAGCAGCAACAACAACAGCAGCAACAGCCACAAAGACCUGCAGGAAUUACAAGGCAACCACAGCAGCCAGCACAGUAUUCACCAUACCAACAGAGUUCCGUUAUUAAAACAUACAGUAUGCCACAGCAAACACAGGGUUCAGUAGCACCACAGACUGGUUUUACGGAUGCUAGUAUUGGGUAUUCUGCUGCCACACCUAGCACACAGCAAUCACCUGGAAUGCCCUACAAAAGUGCAACAGUGGACCAUCAGUUAUCAUAUCAACAGAGAACUUCCUCCCAACUGCAGCAUUAUCCAUAUGGUACUCAGGCUAAUUCUACAGGCUUCACACAGAUAUCUUCAACUACAACACCUCAUGCAACACCGCCAGCUCAUUCAACUUUGGAGUCCAGUUCUUAUCACCAUACUUACCCAACAUCAAAUUCUCCUUCGAGCAAAGAACUUGCUGUGAGUGACCAAGAGCUACAGGCUUUACUUUCCCAGAAGGAUAUUGCAACAUCACUAGCAGAAGAUUUGUUGAAACAUUUUGGGUCAGGUAGUGAAGAUUUAGAUGUGAAGGUGGAAGAGCCUAUAUCAACAAAUCAAGUUGCCAUUACAUCAACAUCAAAUCAACAGAACUCCAAUACUUUGAGCUCAGGACCAUUUUCUCCCUCAAAUUUGCCAGAUGACAGCAGUGGCAAUAAUUCUACAGUAAUAAUGAACUCUGGUGCAUCUACUGCUGGCGAAGCUGUGAAUGUAAAACAGUCGAUGUCUCCAGCAGUCAGUACUGCAAAUAGUCCAAAACUUGAGCAGGCACCAACACCUUCGUCCAGUGCUUCUACUAUAACAUGCUCACCCAAACAAGAGAUAAAAACAGAAGGAAUAUCCACUACUGUGAAAAGUGAAUCUCAGAGCUUAAUUACGACAAGAAGUACUUCACAAACUUCCCAGAACACCAAUCGUGUUCCAUCAGUAUUACAGCAGGAUUUGAAAGUAGAAGCUGCAGUUUUAGAAUUUUCGAACUUAUGUGAGCCCCAACCUGAAACAGAAUACAGCAUAGAUAUGGAUGCCAAGUCUGUGAUAGAGGCAUGCAAGGGCCGAGGGCUAAAUGGUGUCUCAAACUGCAGCAUUUUGUCAGACCGUGCUCCUCCACCGCAGCCUCCAGAUCCACCUCAGCAGCGAUUAACAAGAGAACAGCUGCUUCCUCCAACUCCCUCUGUGUACCUGGAAAACAAAAAGGAUGCAUUCAGCCCACAGCUACAAGAGUUCUGCCUCAAGCAUCCAAUUGCUGUUGUCAGAGGCCUAGCAGCAGCACUUAAAUUAGACCUAGGCCUGUUCUCAACAAAGACACUUGUUGAGGCAAAUCCAGACCAUAGCGUUGAAGUUAGAACACAAAUGCAGCAAACAUCAGAUGAAAACUGGGAUCCACAGCAAGGCCGAAAAGUUUGGGCCUGUAUUAGUCACAGAUCACACACCACUAUUGCCAAAUAUGCUCAGUAUCAGGCAUCGUCUUUCCAGGACAGCUUGAAGGAAGAAGGUGAAAGAACAGCAGGAGCACACAACAGUAAUCUGUCAGAUUCGGACUCGAAAGAUUCUACAGGAAAUGUGCGUCGAAAGAAAGGAGGUGCAUUUGGAGGUUCAGGUGGUGGGAAGUCGGGGCCCAAAAUGUUAAGAUUUGGUACUAAUGUUGAUCUCUCAGAUGAACGAAAAUGGAGACCUCAACUGCAGGAACUCAUGAAAUUACCAGCAUUUGCUCGUGUUGUCUCUGCUGGAAAUAUGUUGUCCCAUGUUGGUCAUGUUAUUCUUGGCAUGAACACAGUACAACUGUACAUGAAGGUUCCUGGAAGCAGGACUCCGGGACACCAAGAGAAUAACAACUUCUGCUCCAUCAAUAUUAACAUUGGCCCAGGUGACUGUGAAUGGUUUGCUGUGCCUGAUGCGUACUGGGGAGUUAUUUACAAUCUUUGUGAAAGGAAUAAUAUAAACUACCUUCAUGGCUCCUGGUGGCCUUCUUUAGAUGAUUUAUAUGAGGAAAAUAUACCAGUCUAUCGAUUCAUGCAGAGGCCAGGAGAUUUAGUAUGGGUCAAUGCAGGUUGUGUUCAUUGGGUUCAGGCUGUUGGAUGGUGCAACAACAUUGCAUGGAAUGUUGGCCCACUGACUGCAAGGCAGUAUCAGUUGGCUAUAGAACGCUAUGAGUGGAAUAAACUUCAAAGUUUCAAAAGUAUUGUUCCAAUGGUCCAUCUUUCUUGGAACCUCGCACGCAAUAUUAAGGUUUCUGAUCCUAAACUUUUUGAGUUGAUCAAAAAUUGUUUGCUAAGGACAUUACGCCAAUGUGCUAUGAUAUUAGAAUUUGUGAAGUCAAAAGGUGUAGAAGUGAGAUUCCAUGGUCGAGGAAAGAAUGAAGCAUCUCAUUACUGUGGACAGUGUGAGAUUGAAGUUUUCAACAUCCUCUUCAUCAGAGAACAAGAAAAAAGGCAUGUUGUUCAUUGUAUGGACUGUGCCAGAAAGCAGGCACCAAGUUUGGAAGGGUUUGUGUGUCUCGAAGAAUAUAGCAUGGAAGAACUAAUGGAAGUGUUCGAUCAUUUCACAUUACAUGAUCCAAAAAGCCCAUCAAAUCAAUUGAGCCUACCAUCAUGAUGACUACAAAUGCUAGCAUUAGCAAGUAGGUAAUGGUCUGCUGCAGCAAGCUUGGAACAAUGAGCUUAAGCUGCAAAAUUUGUGUUGAAUCCUCACUAUGCAUGAUCUCCAUUACUGGGGAGUGGAAGAUAUAUUUCUACAAGUGAAACAUUUCACAUUAUAUAUAAAGCCUUUUUUUAUGAAAAGAGUGAAAUGCAGAAUUCAGAGUUAUAUUUUAAUACAAAUAUAAAGUAAUUUUACGAAGACUCACAACUGUAGAUCAAGACAAAAAGGAAAUAAAGUGAUGUGCUGCAUAGACUGACCUCAUGUUGAAAGAAAGGCAGUAGGAUAUGUACUAGUGACAAUCUGCCUGCUGCAUGUUUAUGUGCAUCUUGUAAAUAGGGGAAGUAAUUUGUGGAUGUACAUCGAAACAUUUCUAUGAAUGUCAAACGGGUGAUCUCAUGUUUUAUCCUCAUGUUUUGAACAGUGGAUAAAUAUAUUUGUACAGUUUCUAUUUAUUAGGACAUUGUGGAAUGUGAAAAACCUGAGUAUCAGGUCACAAGCAAUUCAAGUGUAAAUAAAUAACGAGAACGUUACUUGAAGCAAUUAUGAGAAUUGCUUAUUUAGGAAGACAGUAUAACACCUGCCUAAGAAGUUACAGGGCAAUUGAUACUAAAUUUUUGACAGUGUAUUAAUGUCCAACAAAUUUAGUGCUGCAAUCAACAGUUAUGUGAUGAGCUUCUUAAAAAUUAAGAGACUAUGUAAAGCUGUAAUUUGAUAACAAAAUAUGAAAGUGAAAAAUAUUUUAUGGUAGUUUCUGGAGUUAAAGUCACAGGGCAUUAAUUAUUACACAAUUUUGUGUAUUGGAUCAUUGGUAAUGAUCUACUUUCUUCCUUUUAAGACACGUGUUGACUCAAGCGAUGCAAUAUUUGAAUUGUGAUUUUGUGAUAAGACUGACUUUCACUGCCAAAAGGAAGUAAGAAUUUCGUUUUUGGAUUAAUGGUGUGCUGUUGAAAGAAUCUGAAGUAAUGUGUAAUUACUUUGCAGUUACCACGCAUUUGUUUAUAUGCACAGGAUUUGUUGUAUAGUAUUCAGAUUUAAAAGAACUAGCUAUCACUGCCAGUAGCUUAUUUGCAUAAACUGCAUAGUGCUUGUUAAACUUUUAGAAAUCUAUUUAACACACAAAACCAACUUGACCUUUAUUUGUGGCAUAUAUAGGAUGUUCUAUUUUAUAUGAGAAUGGUAUGUUUUGUUUGUUUCUGUAGACUGAGUUUAGGAUUCAUGUAAAUAAUUUAUGAUAAGUAAUAACAAUAUUAAAAAUGAAAAUGGAACAUCCAUUGCAGUUCGACAAACAGUAUGUGAAAUGAAAAAAUGUAUUAGAUCUUUUACUCUGAAGCUUGUAGUGGCUCGUUCAUUUUCUAAUGUAAAUCAUCCUUUGAGGUAAUUUAUUUAAGAAUUGACAUGAUUAUCUUAUUCUCCAGAGUUUAAUUACAUAUUUUAAUAAUUGUUGUGUAUUUUACUAUGUUAAUAUUUUCCUAGAGAUCUUUAUCCUCUGUGAAAGAGUUGUCUAAAUGUAAUUUUUAUUUCUUUACACUUCUGGUGACUAUUUGGUUAAUGUAUUUUGAGUCACAACUGUUAAAAUAUUCCAUUACAGCUCUAGCCACAGUUACGGUAAACUUCAGAAUGUCUUGCAGGCUGUGAAUAUUUUGUCAGUAGAUGAUAAAGUAAAAUCAAUUUUUGACAGUUAUGAUAUAGAAAUGUAAUAAUCCUAAGUUAUUUGGUUUUUAACACAUGCCCUUAUAGUGUUGACUCUUAUGUUUGUAUCUUGAGUGUGUUCUUUUGGUUCAGUAUUGGAAUGGAUCACAGCUAAUAAUUUUAAUUAAAAGAAGCAUAUGAUGUGGAAAAGAGGUAUAUGUAAAGACACACAUACACAAACUAUAUUCACUUUUUUGUUGCCAAGCCACUGAAACAGAUGUCGUGGUAUAUCACAGAUGUGCAAGGCACUUUGUUUAUACAUAUAUUCAUAGAUAUAUAUACCUAUACAUAUAUCUGUCAUUCUUUUUAUGGUAAUAAUUUGCCUCUACGUGUGGCAGUGUAUAAGCUUUUUGUUCUUAUUUCUGUAAUCAUUUGAUGUGCUGAUUUUAUUGUUUACAAUAUGAUUAAAUUUGUCAAAACCUGUGCAUAUUGUAGGUUUUGUACUGGCUCUGGUAUUCUUAAAAAAUUUUGAAAGAUAAAAAAGAAAAAGGAAAAAGUAGCUUUUGUAUUUAUAGGGAGAACAAAUCCCUACAAUGGGUGUAUUAUUGUUACUGAAUUUUGUGUGCAUUUAAAAAAAUUUUUAUUGUGAAAAAUGUGUUAACAUUGUCAGUGAACAAUACUGCACAGUACAUUAUAAAUUGUGGCAUAAAUAAGUGAGAAGGUUGGACAUGCCAGUCUGCAUCCGUAAUGUGUUCCUUGUAUCUGUUGUGUCACGUCAUAAAAAUUGUAAAAAUGAGUUAGCUAAUCAAUAGAUGCCAAGAUCUCUUUAAAAAUCAUAAGUCAACAAAACCUAUUAGAGUAUACUUGUUGACUUCGUGUAUGAGAAUAAUAUAUUUACAUGGGUUAAUGAAUGUAGGGCAUGAAGACGUAUAUUGCUUGUUUUUUAGGAAUUGAUGAGAAAAUUUCAGCAAGUUCACUCAUGGGGCACCACAUAUUUUUCACCCUCAACAGCAUUCAUUGGUUAAAAAGCCAGAGGUAAUAAAGUAAAAAUCUUGUAAUGCCAUUUCCUCUCUGGUUAACAUUGAGCUUAAUACUGUGUGUCUCCUUCCUUUUAACUCUGUAAUGUGUUACGAGCUGCAAUAAGAGUUAUAAUGAUUCUCACAAAAAUAGGUGGGUCAAGGUCAUCUCACCAUCUUACAGCAAUGCCAGUUAGUGGUAUUUUCAAAUGUUAGUGAUAUUUCUGAAAAAAAUGCUAUACAUCUCUUAUUUUUAAUCCAAAAUAGUUUUUGUCUCGUGUCACCUACUAACAAGAUAUUCCAGUCACGGCAGUAUACAAGUACUUGCAUAUUACUGCCAGGAUUCUUGAUGUGAUGGCUUCCCGUAAAAAUAUUCCCUACCACCUGUAGGGAUUACAUUUGCAGCUCUUCCCCACCCAAAACACCAAUAUUCACUAUACAAAAGUGCCUGUAGAUAUUUUUGGGCCACCAUUUUCCUUGAAGUGGUGCCAGACAUAUUUCUUCCUAUGGGUUUGCGAAAACCAAGUUUCAUUCAGAUAAGGCUUGUUGUCCUCUGUAUGCAAUAAAUGCAUAGUUCACAAAAAUGUAUUUCCCAAGGUAGCAAUAUCCCUUUGUUCCAUAAGAAAUUUUUGUUCGUCCUCACAUUUUCUGGUCAUAAAACCAAUGUCAUUUAGAAGGGGAAGAAUGAACGUUCCCAAGCCCUUAUACUCAAUUUUGUAUUAGUCGUGGACUUCAUUAGACCUAGGAUACUAUCCUCUAUUGUAGUAUUCUAACACAUUCCAACAGCAUACUUUUUUUUUAUUAAAAUCAUCCAUUCGAGUAAAUCUAUUUUCCAGUUUAUAUCCCUUAUGUGGUGAAUGGAAGAAAACAUUCACACCUACAGCCUCUGAGGAAGUUAAUCACUAACAUGUUGCACUGUUCUUUCUGUGACUCCACAAGCUUUUGCUGUCAACUUUUGUACUUGGGCAAAGUAGUGUUCAUUCUGGCUCCCUCAUCACAAGCAAGUUAAUUGAAUAACUUUAAUUAAACAUUACAUAUUUAGUUCAUUUUCUAAUGUACAUUCAGUCCCGGCAUACACUAAGAAUAUAUGGACUACCAACUAAUCUAUGCAUAGAAUGUUACUCUUUAUAACUGUCUGUAAAGCAGAAUAAGUUCACAAAAAAGCAAAACCAAAUAUACGGAAGUAGCGAAUUGUGACGACUGACCUGCUGGCACCUGUCGUGGCAACACUACAGUGUCAGGGUCAAAGUGGGGGGAGACGUAAGGAGCAACCUUGAGCAGCCUACUUUUUUGACAGAAACUUUAAAAAUUCAAGCCAAUUAUUAUUCUGUUUUGUAAGAGACUAUUGGGCUGUUCAGCAUUACUUGAGAGUUAUUUUUGCAGCAACAACUGCAGGAUGUUACAUAAACUAUUAUUUUAUUGUAACCAUGAGAGCCUUGUUAGAGAUAAUUACCAUAGCUUGGGAAGGAGCUGAGUUUUAUUGUAAUAUAAAAAGUAACAACAGUUGUUGCCAAAAAUAAUUGUACUGAAAAUCAAAGCCAUCUACAUAAUUUGAAUUUGUAACUGAGGUUUGAAAAGCUUUUCCCCCCUUCAGUUAAAGUAUACUUUAUUUCACAUAUGGACAUGUGUAAUUACGUAUUAUUUCCCUAACAAUACUAUGAAAAAGAUAGUUGCUACUCACCAUACAGAAGGCAUGCUGAGUCACAGAUAGGCACCAUAAAAAGACUGUCAGAAAAUGAGCUUUCGGCCAACAAGCCUUCAUUAGGAGGGGGAAA